AUGUUGAAUCAUCCAUUAGCACACAUUUUCCAUCCACUGUGCUUCAAAACGCCGCUAGAAGCAAUAGGAACAUGCCAGUUAACAAUAAUUUGCGAUUACAAAAUCGCUGGUGGAAUUCAACAGUUUGCUUGCCACGACUUCCUCGGAGCCAAUUUUACUGCCAGUUGUGACGACUUCCUCUCACUUUAUCUACCAACCGUUCUUUACAUGACAUUCGAGCAGUACACACCUUUAGGAGUAUGCACAAAAACGAAAUCGUGCGACUCAGCUUCUAGUAAGCUCAUCUGGUCUGAACUAUGUGAUCGUUUUGUCGACGCAGUGAUUCCAAGAUUAUUUGUGAAGUUCUUCGAUAUCUACAAGUCAGAGGCUGUCUGCUCAAAGUGUGAUCGUUUUGUCGACGCCGUGAUUCCAAGAUUAUUUGUGAAGUUCUUCGAUAUCUACAAGUCAGAGGCUGUCUGCUCAAAGAUUUAUCCUGAAUGCUAG